AUGAUUUACACGCUGUUUCUACCCUGUUACCUUUCUCCAAACUCUCCAUAUUUUUUCCAUACAUUCACAUUAUUCGUGUCUUUGUUAUCUAUCUAUCUAUCUAUCUAUCUAUCUAUCUAUCUAUCUAUCUAUCUAUUCUAUUUUUAUCUAUCUAUGUUUCUAUCUAAUUGUAUUCAUAUCUAUGAAUUUAUCUACUUAAUUGUAUUCAUAUCUAUGAAUCUAUCUAUCCUAUUGUAUUCAUAUCUAUCUAUCUAUCUAUCUAUCUAUCUAUCUAUCUAUCUAUCUAUUCUAUUCAUAUCUAUCUAUCUAUCUAUCCUAUUCUAUUCAUAUCUAUCUAUCUAUCUAUCUAUAUAUAUAUAUAUAUAUAUAUAUAUAUAUAUAUAUAUAUAUAUAUAUAUAUAUAUAUUUUUUACCCGGUUCUUUUUCCUUCUUAUAGUUACUGAUAAUUUUGCCACUUCCGGUUAA